UUGUCUCUCAUUUUCAAAAUGCGGCUCAUAUUAACAAUAUCGUGCGCUGCGGAUAAAUAAUAAUAAAUAAGUAACAAACAACCAAAUACAAAAUGCUUUGCAAGCCAAGCAAAAACAAAAGUGUGUGAAUUAGUGCAAUAGCAAAUCAUCAAGAGAUCUGUGUGCGCAGUACAAAGGUUAAAACCGCCAGAAAACCUACAAAAAAACGGUUAAGAACCAGAGGAAACCAAAAUCUAUAUACAAAAUCCAUCAUAAAACCACAAAAAUCUCCUCAAACAUCGCGUGUGUGCCUGUGGGUUUGUUUGUGUGUGCCAAGCGUCGGCCUUUUAUUUUUCGGAUUGUUUCGUUUCGCGUCUUAUAAGUUUAAGCCGAGCUAAAACCGAUCCCGAUCGCGUCUCUCUUCUCGAGCUGCUCCUUUCGGUUUUGUCUUUGUCCCGGGCACGUAAUCCCUCUCUCUCCCCCUAAUCAACCUGCUGAUCCCACCGGAGGGUUAAAACAUAUAUACCACAGUGUACUACGGAGAGCGUGCGAGAGAGAGCGCGAGAGAUAGUUAUCGGUGCUUCCUACUUCAUCAAGAUUGUGCGCCUAAUUUGAAGCUGUAAUUAAUUUGGAUACCCUAAUAAAACCCAACCUAAAGACGGAAUCCAGAAUCCAGAACCCUAAAAUCAAGAACCCAGUGCCCGGCCCUCCCGUUCUCGAGGGGCGCUAUUUUAUUGCCCCGCACCGAUGCCUGCGCAAUAUGGAAUUGGCGAUUUGUAAAACAGAUCUGUCUGCCACGAAAUUUAUGCUGCCGCCCGCUCUGCCCACAUCUGCGGCCAUUGGACCAUCAUCAGCGGUCUCUGCAACGUCAUCGCACUCCUCAGCCGCCGCCCAGUUUGCAUUCCUCGAUAAGGCGGCCCACGAGCUCUUCCACCUGAACGCCAUCAACGGAAAUCUGUUCAAGACGCCCGGCAGCAGUCAUCUCAAUUCGAUCGGCACUCCAUCGAUUUUGAGCCACCUUAAUAGCAGCAAUAACUCGGGCCAAGUCAGCAACAUGAGGCUCAAGAAGAACCGCAAAGUUACAUUUCUAUCCAGCCUAGUUGAGUCAAAAAAUAUUUUCAUCAAGGAGGAGCCAAUCCAUGGCUGCAAGGACUUGCCCAUCUGCAGUUUAUCGGAUAUUUCAGAUCAUGAGGCGUCUUUGGAUGUUCCCACCGCCUUGCCACCCCUCACGCCGGGCACCAAUCGCAAGGUCAACGAGGUCCUAAAGGCCUCCUUCGCCUCCUGGGAAAAGGAGGUCCAAAACUGCAACAUAACCAAAGAUCCCCGUGAAUGGACGGAGGAGCAUGUCAUCUACUGGCUCAACUGGGCCAAGAAUGAGUUCUCGCUGGUCUCGAUGAACCUGGACCCCUUCUACAAGAUGAAGGGCCGUGCCAUGGUCGAUCUGGGCAAGGAAAAGUUCCUGGCCAUCACGCCGCCCUUUACCGGCGACAUUCUGUGGGAGCAUCUGGACAUCCUGCAGAAAGAUUGCGAGAAACCAAAUGAGGAUAUUGUGCACGGCAAUUCCUUUGAGUCGGCCACCACUGCCUCGGUCUGUGGAUCGGACCACCAGGUUGCCAAUUACCCCACCGAGCCACCCGCCAACAGCAACAACAGCAGCAUAAACAGCCGCCUUUCCAUGGAUUAUGUGACGUCGGCGGGGAACAGUGAUAAUAAAAACUUCCACCCAGGAACGCCCCACUCCCACAACGGCUACAACACCAGCAACACACACGACCGCAGCAACAACAGCCCGCCCCCGCAGCAGCAGCAAUCGCAGCAGCCGACUGUCAAUGGCAGCGGCAGCGCCAGCAGCAGCACCAACAACAAUAACAACAACUCCAUGCUACCGCCCGCUGUCCAGCAGAACAACAACAACAACAACGAAAAUAACAACACCAGCAGCAGCAACACGAACAGCAGCAAUAGCAGCAACAACAGCAACAAUGCGAAUGCGGGCAGCAAUAACAACAAUAAUAACAAUAAUAAUAUCAACUAUAUGGCUGCCAUGGCGGCGAUCUACCAACAUCAGCUCAAAGAGGAGCCGGGCACCCAGAAUGGUGGCAUUGGAUAUGGCGGAAGUAAUAGCCAGAACGAUCCAACGGAUCUGAGUAGCUAUGGCCUGCCUGCCCACCUGGCCUCCUACAGCGGUGUUAGUGGUAGUGGGCCAACGGGCGGCGGAAGUUCGGGAGGCGGUGGCGAUGAUGGUGAUUACCACAGCACGAUCUCGUCGCAGGAUCACCAAAGUCAGCCGCCGAGUGGAGGAAACGGCAGUGGCGGAGGAGGAGGCGGAGGAGCAGGUGGUGGCAGCACCGGCAACAGUAAUGGUUAUCUGGACGGCAGCUCCGAGUUUUAUGCCAGUUACGCGAACCGGGGUCGCUUCCACGAUGGCUAUCCGCCGGAUUUUUCGCCAUACGAAGCGCAGUCCUUCCAGUCGAUGGGCGCCCAGCACACGGCCAUGGAUCAGUGGGGUGGUCAUGCCCACCAGCAUCAGGCGGCGUACAUGAGCACCUUGGGCCUGGACAAAGGGCUGCUCGGCGGCUACACGACGCAGGGCGGAGUGCCAUGCUUCACCGGAUCGGGUCCCAUUCAACUGUGGCAAUUCCUGCUCGAACUGCUGCUGGACAAGACGUGCCAGAGCUUCAUCUCGUGGACUGGCGACGGCUGGGAGUUCAAGCUGACCGAUCCCGAUGAGGUGGCUCGUCGCUGGGGCAUACGCAAGAACAAGCCCAAGAUGAACUACGAGAAGCUGAGUCGCGGUCUGCGCUACUAUUAUGACAAGAACAUCAUCCACAAGACGGCUGGCAAACGAUAUGUCUACCGCUUUGUCUGUGAUCUCCAGAAUCUAGUUGGGCACACCCCCGAGGAGCUGGUGGCCAAGUACGAUCUUAAGAUUGAGAAGAAGGAUGUGGAUUAGCGGCGGAGCAGCGAAGAAGCUGCCUAAAUCGGGAGCAGUUCCAGGCGAUCUGCUCCCAGCCACGGAUUGUACUCAACCAACCGGAAAAUACUGUCGAGCGUUAUUGUUUACCAAGCGUGAUGUUAGCUUUUAAGCAGCAGCCUCCGAUCUGCGAUCUUGCUACGAGAUUAAAGUGUUGGCCAACCCACCAUCCCCGAAGUCCCGAUCCUCUACCCCACAAAAUACCACCCACCAACCUAUCAAACCGAUUCGCUUGUAAUUAUCGUGUAAAAAUUAGACUUUUGAAUUAAUUUGAAAUUAAUUUAAAAUACUUCAGAGUUAGGAUUAAGUCAGCGAUCUAAAGCAUUGUAAAUCAAAGAGGAACAGCAAGAGAACCAGUUGAAGGUGAAGCGAAUUAAAUUUGAAAUUCUGUGUGCAAUGCGACGAUGAUUCUUCGUUCUCACAUAGUCUGUUUAAAGAUGUCUGCUGCAAGGAUCAAACGUUGAAAGAGGCCAUAAAGCAUGUGUCCCCAAAGUGAUAUUAGAGCGCAACAUUUUGUUAUACUUACAUAAUCAUUUUACCCGCACGGGACACCAGAAACAUUUCAAAAUCAUGCAUGUAUAUAGCGACGAGGAUGUGUGUAUGGCAUAUAAGUAGGUCUCUAGUAUUUAUGUAUAACCUGUAAUCAGUGCUACUGGUACAACUAAGUUUUCCCACUUCCAAGCCUCUACUUUCUGUACUUCUCUGCGCUUCCGUGCGAUCCCAAAAGUUUUAAACGUAAUACGGCACAGUAGUUGAUCAUCAUGUAUCUGAUGAACUCUUGUUAUCGUCUACCAUAUGUAUAUCUAUAGGCUACCCCUAGUUAGGCUCCCUAGUUUCCCUACAGCAUUAAGUGCGUGCGUUAAUCGUCAGUUCAAGAAGUAUUUAUUACCUUGUAUGUGUGUGUAUAGCUAAUAGUUGAUAGCUUAAUACUUAAGUCUAGCUCGUAGUCUAGCUUAGCCACGUAUUACACGCAUAAACGUAGCGUUAUAUUGAUACAUAGAUACACAUACAUUUGUAGAGCAAUUCUAAAAUAUUGUAUUUAUACAAGCGUACAUUGUAAUAUUUAAGCUACGAUUAACAUUAACAUUGCUAAUGAUA